AUGGCGACAGAAAGCCGAGACCCUGUCGCGCUCCGGCUACGAGAUACAUUGUACAAGUUCGUCCAUGACGUAUUCAUCGCUGCGAGCAUAUCCACGGACGACUGGCCUGAAACUUACGAGGAAGGCGAUGCUGCCAACGCUGUGACUGCGGAAGAGUUCGUCGCUGAACGGCUGGGCGCUCUGCGGCAAGGGGUACAACAACAACGUCGAGAGGCCGAAGAGGAUAUUGACCAGUUCAUGAUCAGAGGAAGUGAAGUAAUGAACGCUCUUGUCGAGCGUGUCGGCGGAGCCGAUUCAGAAUUGGUGCCGAACAAGGACAACUACGGCCGCCGGUUGGGAUCACGCUGGAAGGAGAUCGAUGGAGGCAUCCACAAGCUCCACAGGCUUACCAACGAUGCCAUCAAGACACGUAAGCGAACGACCUUGGCCGUCGACAGGAUAUUCCAGGACCUCUUCGAGGAGAACAACGUCGACAAGCCGGAAUGGAAGCACAGCGAAACAGCGGACAAAGCUGUCAAGUCGGUACCAGAAGACAGCGCAGCAGCUGAUAGCGCCGUUGAGUUCUUUGGGACAUUGCCUGCCAAGUUGCGGCUGGGUAUAGCCAAACACACCGAGAGGGUCUCGCAUCUGGAAAAAGAGCUAGUUCGGUUCCAACUUGACAGAGACAGUAUAGUAACUGGCACCACGCAGUUCGUACGAAGCGUAUAUGACACUUUAGAAAUGGAUGUGAGCCAUCUCACCCUACCUAAAAAGGAAGACCAUGCUCCCCUCUUCAACUCUUGGCUUCAAGCACGACAUGUGCAGAUUCGCUGCGAACAUUCUGCUCAGCUUCAGCUGCUUGUUGACGGUAUUCAAGAUAUUGCUAGCUCUGCAUAUCGUUGUGCUAAGUUGCCCGCUCCGAUCUGCAUAAACCCCGAAAUCCACAUCCGGAGCUCAAAGACGGAGUUGACGCGCUGGCGUAAAUCAUUCGAGAACUGGUGCAACUUCGAAUAUGCAAAGACUGAGCUUGCUAUCAAAGCAGCUGAAGCGGACGUCCUUCACCUCAGUUACGGUAAGCUUCUCAGGUGGGCCGGAGGCAGAAUCUUCGACCGCAUGCACCGAGUUCAUUCGCUACUCCACAAAGACAAAAAGCUGGAGAUGUUUCUCUUUGACGCGAGCUACUCUUCGUACGAAGUGAGCGUGAACAAUGCCACGACGAUGGGAGACUGGCUCAUCGCGGCCGGUGUCCAGAUUGAAAACACCAUUCGAGAGAGAGCCGAAUGUGCGAUGAGCCUAAUGGAUGAGCUGAAGGAGCUAUGCGCGGAGACUCAAGACGCGAAGUUACGUGAGAAAAUGGAACGUCUUAUCGACAGGGCGAAGGACGCGGUGAGCACGCAUAGUGAGACUAUCCCUCAGCGUCGCACAAACUUCUCGCGGUUGGUCAAGGAUAUGUUCCGCCCAAAGGCAAACGAAUGA